UUGUGGAGGAGAGAGAGAGAGAAGAUAGGGAAGGGUUCCGCACUUUAAAAAGAGACGCUCUGCUGAAAGAAAAGCGUCGCCCGCUGCUCACACAUACACACGGUAGGGCCGCCUCCCCUCCGGACACACGUCGGACUGAGUGGCCGCCGCGUGACGACGACGAGCACGCUUCGAAAGAAUAGCGCCGCGUCUUAUUGCGUGCGUGUGUGUGUGCACGCGCGGCCGCACGCUCGGUGAGCGUGUUACGCGCCCGGUGCUGAUUGCGGCACAGACGCGUCUCUCUUUCGCGCCUCUUAUUUUUCUUUUUUCUUCUCCAUUGACCGGACCCUGGUUUCGUGUCUUGGCGCGUGCUUACUUUGCCAGCGUCAACCAGCGCCGCUACACUGCUACGAGGAGCAAGUCAGGGGACCCGCUGUCUCCUCGGGCCCCAAGCCUGAACAACCCGGAGGGGAAAUAACCGGCAAGUGCCCCCUCCGAGCCAGGCCGAGUCCCAUGGCGGUACCGUCGUCGGGGACGAGCGGCCUGCAACUGCUGCUGCUGCCCCUGGUGCUGCUGGCGGCGGCACCCUCGCGGGCGCAGUCCGCCGACCCGGAGUGGCUGCAGCGGCGCGUGCUCGAACGGCGCCAGGUGGAGCAGCUUCCCCCGGCCGCCAUGCCCGAGCCCUCGUGCGCCCAGCUCAGGCUCAUGUGGCGCCAGAUGCACCGCAUGGCUCGCCACAGUCAGCUCACCAACGAGAUACCGCAGUUCCCGGCCUCCUACCCGUUCGGUUACGUGUCGCCCGACGACAAGGCACUCAUGUUCUGGACGCCCGCGUCGUUCGGCAAAGUCGUGCGUCAGCCGGGCCAGAAGCCCGCGGGCGUGGUCAAGCCCGGCCGGCCACCCGUGGCGGGCCGCUUCGCCCAAACGCCCCUGCCCCGCUCGGCGCUCGGUUCGUCGUACGGCACCGUGGUGCGCAGCCCCGGCGAGAAAGCGGCGCUGCGGCGCCAGAUGGCCGCCACCACCGGCUCCUGGGGACCGUUCGCACCUCCCGACCGCGGCUCAGACGUUGGCGUCGUUUCCAAGACCAGGGUGCUCUACCGCAGCGAACAGGAGCGUUGCGGUCGCAGCGUGAUGGGCCGAACCUGCCACUCGCACGACGACUGCUUCUGCCCGGGACUGAAGUUCUUCUGCUCGGCCGGAAGGUGUCGCUCGCCGGCCUCCAGGAAAGCCUUCAAGGACCAGUGGGGCACAUGGUACAGCGGCCCCCUGGAGUUUUCCAGACUGGGCAUGACGGGCAAUGGAAGGACAGGACUUGGACUCGCGACCUCCAACGACGUCUGAACACAGAGCUACUAAUCGAGGAGCCGCAGCCACCGCCGCCAUUUUUCUUCUGCGAGCUACUUCCUCGCUGAUCUUACAGAUAGAAAGAGAGGGAGAGACCGCCAUCAUUGCACCCCCUCCCGAACAACCCCAAGUAUUCUUUUUUGAAGGACUGACUGCUCAAGGGUGCUCCCUUGCCCAUACAGGGCCAUUCGCGCUUACUGAGCUCUGCUGCAAGACAGGGCUUUCUCGCCUGCGGGUCCUGGUUGAAACGAAGACACUAUUCUCGCUAUGUUCAAGGACGGCCAGUAUAGAAUUGCAUCGCCUUUCCCACGACA